AUGAAAUCUUUUAAGAAGACUUUUUCGAGUGCGACUUCGGCCUUCAAAGAAAAGACGUCAAAACUGUCCAAGAUUGUGACUGAAGGUAUCAAUGAGUUAAAAGGCAAACAAGCGAAGAUGGUGAUGAAGAAGAAAGAGAAGAAGAAACAGAUGGAGUUAACAAAGAAGAAAAAUCUUCAGAAGCGACUUCCACCACAUUUUAAAGAGCACAAGGACUUUAUUGAAGAAGAGAAGAAGUAUCUUCUGUUCCCCAAAGAUGAUGAGAGGCGCAAUAGAAUAGUCGAAGACAAUUACAUUCUUGGUGACGAAUUAGGUCGUGGAGCUUUUGCUGUAGUUAAAAAGGCACGGAAGAUCCCCACUGGUGAAUUAUGUGCUAUUAAAGUCAUUGACAAACGUUUGGUUAAGCCAGAAGAGACCAAAUUGUUACUUCGAGAAAUCGAGAUCACACGAGCCGCACAGCAUGUCGCUAUUAUGAAGGUCUUUGAUGUCUUUGAAAGUGACAUUAACAUCUCAAUUAUUAUGGAGUUGUUACCUGGUGGGACUUUAUUCUCACGUGUUUCCAAGAAUGAGAAUGGGUUACCUGAAGUGGAAGCUCGUUGGAUUUUGUAUCAAGUCGUGUCUGCCUUAUAUUACUUACACACGCACUCUAUAGUCCACAGAGAUAUUAAACCGGAGAACAUAUUGUUACUUGGUGACGCUGGUUUAACUUGUCGUGUUGGCGAUUUCGGAUUCGCCAAAAACUUCUCACAAGAGCCUUUGAAGACUCCAUGUGGAACGCAAGAUUAUGCUGCGCCGGAGAUUCUAAUGGGCGCUUCCGAGUAUUCGUAUCAAGUUGAUAUGUGGAGUGUCGGUGUCAUGUUAUAUGUCUCGUUGUGUGGAUACCUUCCUUUCGACGGGGAGACUCUAGCAGAAAAUUUGGAACAAAUGCAGAGUGGUGAAGUCGUCUUCGACUCGGACGAUUGGAAACAUGUCUCAGACAACGCAAGAGACUUUAUUAUUCGUUGUUUGUAUCCAGAUCCUCGUUUGAGAAUGAACGCUGAACAAGCUUUAAGUCAUCCAUGGUUCAAGGGAGUGUCACAAAUUACUGUCACAGACGGUAUCGUCCCAGUCGAAGCUCCAGUCGCAGUCACUAAAGAAGAAAUUGAACAACAAAAGAAGGCGGGUAUUAUCAUCGAAUGGGAAGAUGGGGAAGCAGAAGGCGCAGACGACACUGGAUUACCACCAGCUCACGUUCCUCCAACGCGUGAAGCUCCAGUCUACAGGACAGAUUAG